AUGAUGGUUCAGGGGGGCCCAGCAUCUCACCUGCUCCCAGGCCCGCCCCAGUUCGCCGUGUCCACCGAAGCCCACCUGGCCCCAGGCGCCAACCGCACUGCAGGCUCGCUGCCUCAGGGCGACGGCGUCGGCACUCCAGCGCCCGCCAGCGACACCACCAUGCAUGUGCAACCCCCCUCGGCCCUAGGCAAGAGGAAAGCAGAGACGCAGGACAAUGAACGGCUUUCGAAGCGCUUAAGUCUACUUAAUUUAGAACAAUCCGGCAACAAGCUCUAUGUUCCCGUCGAAACACCCCAUCCACCCAGCGCAACAUGCGCGACACAAGCUACCUCCCAGCCCUGCGAACACAUGGAACUAGACGAUUCUAAACAUAAAGUAUACAUCUACAACUUAGACGACGAGCUCUCUUCCGAAAGCGAGGACGAGGAAGGAAAACUCGUCUUCCUUCCCGACAUCGAGAAACACCUUCGCGAGACUCGUAUACCCAAACACGUCCUGGCAAAUAACGACGGAGAGCUCGCGGGCAUGCAGCUAGUCCUGUACAAGGAUCCUACGUCGUUGUCGGUGCCGCAAGAGGAAGAUAGCGUACGCCGGGCUGUUCUAGAGGCGAGGCAGCGAAUGAGAGAGAAGCAGAAACUCGAGCAGAUGGGUGUCGCAAGCACUACUGCCACCGAUGCCGGCGACGGUGAAGACGAUGAAGCCAUGGACAUGGAUUGA